GAUUAUUAUUAUUAUUAUGAUUAUUGUAAGGGCCUAAAAUCUUAGGGCAGUUGGGUUUUAUGUUGAGGCAGCCAUACCCAUAAGGCUAAGGGCACUAAGAUCUUAGGAGGGACUUUUCAAAAAUUUGAGUUCCUUGUUUCAGCUUUUUCACUCUCUCUCUAAAACUCAGACUCACUUUUCUCUCUGUCUUCUCUCUACCAUUCCCUCAUAUUCUCUCGUUGCAUGUUGGUUGAGGUGCUGCCCAAGCAUCCGCGACGUAGAGAGCUCCAUUUCUACCGAACGUUUUCUUCAUUCCGACUGGGCACUGUUUAAGUCCUUGCUGUGAGGUACGGUUAGAGCAUUCUAGAAGAUUGUAUUGCUCAACUCCAAGGGGUACUUUAUAAAAUUGGAGGUACUGCAUAGGGAAAUGCUGCAGGGUGAAACACCCAGAAAAUAGAGAGCAGAGAAGGAGAGAAAGGCGGGUUCAGUUGGUUGAGGUCGUCACCACCGCGAAGUACCAUGUGGAGGUUAAGGUCACCUCGAAUCUCUCAUCUCGUUGGUAGAUUGAGUCAAAUUAACGUAGUAAGUGAUGUGAAGGUGCAACAGUAUCGUUGCUGUCAAACUCUAGUGUUGCCUCCUCCAUCGAGUUUGCAACAGACAAAAUAUGAUCCUCCUGACACCGUAGUACCGAGGAGUUAUAUUGGGGAAAACGUAUCCAGAAAAGAUAAGACCAAAUAUCUUUACUCUACGCUUCUUGAACUCAACGACAGUAAGGAUGCUGUUUAUGGUGCUCUUGAUGCAUGGGUUGCGUGGGAGCAAAACUUCCCCAUCGCCUCAUUGAAAAAAAUAUUGAAUUCCCUUGAGAAGGAACAACAGUGGCAUAGGGUUGUGCAGGUAAUUAAAUGGAUGCUGAGCAAAGGGCAGGGGAUGACAAUGGGAACGUAUGGUCAAUUGAUACGAGCUUUAGAUAUGGACCAAAGAGUGGAAGAAGCCCACAAAUUCUGGGAAAUGAAAAUUGGUUCUGAUUUGCAUUCAGUUCCUUGGCAAGUAUGUCAUGUCAUGAUAUCUGUAUAUUACCGAAACAACAUGCUGGAAGAUCUUGUUAAGCUUUUCAAGGGGCUGGAAGCUUUUGAUCGAAAACCGCGGGACAGAUGUAUCAUACAAAAAGUGGCAAAUGCAUAUGAGAUGUUAGGCUUAGUUAAAGAGAAAGAGAAUAUACUGGCAAAAUAUAGCCAUCUCUUCACAGAGGAAGGACCAACUAAACCGCAUAGAAGGAACUCAUUUGAGUCAAAGAAAGGUAUGCAUCUUACCUCAGACAAACCACGUCAAAGGCAAUCUAGAAAUACUUCGUCUGAGGAGAAAUAGAAGUCAGAUGUUAUUCUUUCACAUCGAUAAAAUUGUUCGGUUAAGGUUAAAACAGUGCAAGACCAAAGUUUUCAGAGUUCAGCUGCACUCCUACGUAAAAACUCGUUUCAGAAGAAAUGCCUUUAGUUAUUCCUGCCCAUCCGUUGGAUAUUCUGAAGAAGCUGUUUGGUUUUUUGACUGAUGCGAUUCUGCUAAUUCUGUCGCUGGAAAAACAAAAAGAUUCCUAGCUGGAUAUUACAUAUCAUGGGUACUAUUUUCUGAUGACAUGUUAUCUUGGUAAUGUAGCCCCAUGUGUGGGAAGCCUAUCAAAGAUAGAAGUUCGCGUCACCUUGGGAAAACGGAACCAAACUUAUCGUUGCACUAGAUGUCAAAAGUUGUUCCAUGUUAUAAAAUAGUUACUUCUUUUUGUUUGGAUAGGUUAAUUUAGGCAAAAGAAAUGAGAAAAAGAAGUUGUUCCAAGUUUGGUGCACGGUUUAUAGUUUAACUAGUAAUGCAUUCCAAGUUUGGUGCACGAUUCAUGGUGAAUUUUUUUUAUAUCAUGAUAGCCCUGCUGCACAUUUUUUGGCUAUUGGUUUUUUCCAGUAACUAGUUUAUGUGUCAUGAUACCUGGUUUCUUCAAAAAUCAACUUAAGAGUGACAAUAUAUUUGAGGUUUAUGUGUCCUUAUGUUUUGAUCGCAAUGUACAGCGUGUUUGAUCUAAUAUCCAGAUAUAUUCCCCUUA